AUGGCCCAUGGCUCCUUCAUUACCUACCUUUCCACCUUCAUCUUGUCCGCCUUCCUCACCGCCAUCUCCAUUCGCACGGAGAAUCGGAUUUACUACAACUUCAUCGGCGCGCUCCGUCAGACGGCCUGGCUGGCCUUCCCCGGCUUCCUCGUCGGCGACUCGAUGCACUACUUCCUCUCCGAGGCGAUGUGGAGCGGGAGGCGGAACUCGUGGGGGCAGGCCUGGGCCAAGGCGAUCUUCCUGAACAGCCUGAUAUGGGGGGCCGCCGUGGGCGUGGGGACCCUUGUCUGGCGCCGGCUCCUUCCCUUAACCGCGGCCGGGCGCCGGAUUUACCAUCGCUAUCCCAUCCCGUCUGACUACCUCGACCUGCGGGUCCUGCGCAGCAGCGGCAGCGUACGGGAGCUGGUUUCCGGGAUGGGGUGGUCCUACUGGGUCUGCGGGAUCGGCAUGGGCCAGGCCGGGCUCGCCACCGUCGUCAUGUUCUGUUGUUGGAUUAAUCGACCCUACAUGAUGAUGGCCCCCAAUGGCGGCUAUGCGCGGAAAUGCAUGCCUGCCUGGCGACGGGAGCAGUUCGCGUCCACGUCAAAUACGCUGACGGACACGAAGUGA